GGUUACCGUUCAGUAAUCAAUUUACAUGGCCCGAAGGUCGACAGAACUCAACUGUGAGCACUACACUAUACCUAUAACUGAAUUACAAGAUAUUGUGCAAAUAUUCUACGAUUGUAUGUUUUGUUGUAAGUAAAUAAUUUAAUAGACUAAUUGCUUAAUAUUAUUCAAGAAAUCAUAUUUUUCACGAUAAACGACCAUAUAUAUUCAGGUAAAUGGCAUUCAGUCGUGCAUGGUACCACUUCAAACGUAAUUUUUUAUCUGUAACAUUUCCCAUUAUUUCGUUUUCUGCAAUCUACGCUGAUUACAACAGGACAUUAAAUUGGAAAAAAAUACAAAAUCAAAAAGUUUAAAAAAUAUCGUACAAUGGCAGCUAAACAUGCAUUAUUUGGACUAACCUGGGACUAUUUCGCAUUGGCUAUCCCUGUAACUGCUGGUGCCUUAUUUGGCAAAUUUUUAGAUGACAAAGAAACAGAAAGAAUGUCACUUUUUAGAGAUAGAAGUGCUUUAUAUGGAGGUAUGGUGAAGAAAGGUGAAAAACCUUCUUGGCCAUAAGUUUGUCUUAUUUAAGAUGGUACUAUUAGUUUGAAUUAAUUGUAACAUUGUUUUAAAUCUUAUAAUAAAUUAAAUCAUGUUAAUAGUUCUUUUUUUAGUGUAUUAUAGCUAUAUAAAAUAAAUGUAUACAGUUUGAUAGUUAUGAUAAAAAAAUUAAUAACAUACUUUUCCAAAAUGUAAUCUAAAAUGUUGUUUAUUUCACUUACUAAUAAAAAAAUGAACUAUGUACCACCUGGAA